UAUUUUUAGUUUUUUCUUUCUUUUUAUUUUUACUGAACAACCUCCUGGUCCCCAUUGUGAAAACGUUCUGCCUAGGCUAUUUCAUUAUAUUUUAUCCAAUGUAAAAUAUUGAUUAUUGCAUUUGUCAAAAUUUCAAAGAUGUCAGGGAAGAGGCAAAGGAGCAUUCUUUCAUGCUUUGCUCUUAAAGAUCAGCUCCCUAAAAAGGUGGCUAGGUCAGAGGAGGAGACUGUGGAGAAGACAGUAGUGGAGGAGGCAGUUAGGGUGCCAGUAGAGGAUGGGUCCAUGGAAGAGACUGAGGAGGACACCAUAAAGGAAACCAUGGAGAACCCACUGGAAACAGGGAGAAAGAGAGGGUUAAGUGGAGCAGCCACCUAUAGGUGUUCCUUUAAGAAGGAGUGGUCAACCCGAUGGCCAUUCAUCACAAUGGGAACCAGCAGCUCUUUUUACUGGUGCUCAGUCUGCAGACAAGAGAGCUCCUGUGCCCAUCAAGGUGUGAGGGACAUAAGCAGGCAUGUGGAAAGCAAAGGACAUCGAACCAAAGAACAGGCUCUAAAAUCAGCCAGCAGUGUUGCACAGGUCUACACACCAGCAACUUCUGUUGGAGGCAUGAGUGUACAAGAGGCCAAGGUACAUAGCAAAGGAAAACCAAAAGGCUGUUGGCAAUGUUUGAUAAAUUGCAUUUUCCUUUAAAAUUGUAGGUUAUAUUACACUGAACACUUAUCUAAUGCUUUAUGAGUUAUUUAAUUAAUUGUUUCUGUUGCAGACCAGGAGGGCUGAGGUGAAGGUUGCCAUUGCAAUGGUGCAGCACAAUGUUCCAUUUGCCGUUGCUGACCAUUUCAGCCCCUUGUACAAAGAAUGUUUUAGAGACUCCCCCACGGCUCAGAGCUUUAAGAGCGCAAGCACCAAAACAACGCGCAUCAUAAAUGAAGCAGUGGCACCUCAUUUUAAGAAGGAACUGGUGAUGAAGAUGAGAGAGAAUCCCUGCACACUUGUCACAGAUGGCUCAAAUGACACUGGUCUAGAGAAGAUGAAUCCCCUCACAGUACGAAUAUUUGACAGCAACAAAGUUGUGCACAGAUUCUUUGAUAUGUGCACCACAAGUGGGCGGAACUGUGGAACUGCUGAAGUGAUUUAUAAAAAAAUCAAUGACACCCUGCAGGAAAGCAACAUCCCUUGGAGAAACUGUGUAGGUCUCUCUAUUGACAAUGCUCCUGUAUAUACAGGUGCCAACAAUUCAAUUGCAGCCAGAAUGCUUAGGGAAAAUGGCAGCAUUUACAUACAUGGAUGCCCCUGUCAUAUUAUCCACAACACUGCCAAACAGGCAGGGCAGAGGUUUUUGGAAAUAUCCGGUUUUGAUCCUGAAGAUCUGGCGGUGGAUGUUGGGUAUUGGUUUAAGGGAAGCACCAAUCGUAAAGGUUACCUGGCAGAAUUUUUUGAAUUCCAUGACAGUGAGUAUAUGGAAAUGCUGCUGCACAUUUCAGUGCGAUGGUUGAGCCUGGAGAGGUGUAUAACCCGAAUUCUGCGACAGUAUGGGCCACUUACCAGCUAUUUUAAAUCUUUAAAUGAGAAACAACCAAGGUUUAGAAGGCUGGUGGAUGCUUUUUCCAAGCCCCUGACUGAAGUUUACCUCCUUUUCUAUCAAGCGAUGCUGCCAAUAUUCUCCACACUGAACCUCCUCCUCCAGAGGGAAAGGUCUUCCAUCUUCCAGCUCCAUGGAGAGAUGACAAAGUUCAUCCUGAAACUGUUUGCAAGGUUCAUGAAGCCGUUAGCACUACAGGGCCGACAAGUCCAUGACAUCCUCUACAUGGACCCACUAAACCAACUGCCAGGUGACCAGUUUGAGCCAGUUUGGGAGGCUUUCUAAAAUAGCGUCAUUGGUGUUAGUGCUCCCUCAUUCAAAUGCCGACGCUGAAAGGGUUUUCUCCAUGGUGGGAUUGAACAAGACUAAAACCAGGAACAGCUUAGCACUUGAUGGAACCCUGUCAUCCAUCAUGACAGUAAAAAUGGCUGGCCUGGAACCACAGUGCUUCAAAUGGGAGCCACCAACCCCUGUGCUAAAGGCCUCAAAACCAGCUACAAACACCUACAAUAAACAACACUGACCAUUCUCUCUCUCUCUCUCUCACACACACACUCACACACAAAUAAAUAAAUGUUGAAUUAAAUAAAUAUUAUUUCAUUUGUAAGAAUAUGUGUCAUUUAUGAGUACCUGCCGCCGCCAAAAUCUCACUCUAAACUCAUUUCAAAACUUGAGAGCCCUGAUGAUGCAUUGUUGUAGAUUAAACUACCCAACAGUGUAUUAGUAGGCAACUUUAAAUUGAAUAACAUUGAACAUAUUUAGAAAUUAAACAAAUUA